CCGUACCACAAUACAGAUCAGUUUCAGUUCGGUCGUGACGAUCAUCAGUUGUGUGAACAAGAGAGCUUAGCUAACAGCAACAAGCGUCAUGAAAUCGAUUCCAAACUUGCUGAUAGUGGCUGGAUUGGUGCUGUUGUGUGCCUCAUCUUUGGAGGCCCGGAGCAAAAAACGAAAGGGCUAUUGGAGAAAUAACGUCCAUGAAAAUUUCGAAAUCUACCACCCGAAAGGAUUGACAGUUUGGUAUCCUCAAGUGCGAGGAUUAGUUGGAUUCGGAGUGGAAGUAUUCCUCAAUCAACAUGCAUCCGAUUAUUCCGAAUGUGACGUAUGCCGCAAUACGACGAAUAUCUCUUAUGGGAAAUUUAUUAUUCACGACGACGAUGCCGUCAUUCGAGCAGGAGAUAAUCUAAGGUAUCGGUUUAUAUUCCAAAUGGCAAACGGAUCAAUCUACACGACUCAAAGGGAAUUCCAUGUGGCAGCCAAUAAAAUUCUUCGACGGCAAGAAGAACACCCAUCCACAACGACCAGUUCCGUGACAGAAGUUGGCCCAUCGAAAAUUGCCAUAUAUGAAGAGGACAUAAACCUUCUGGAAAGCAUAAUUUACGACGUGAUUCAACACUGCGACAAUAUGACGGAAAUCAGCAAGAACCUAUGUUUGCACUACGAAUCCCCACCAGAUCUUAAUUCGAAGCAGCUGUAUGAAUACACUCGUAAUGAGCUGCAGAUUUUGUUUCCAAAUAUCAGCUGGUCUACGGUGCUUGUGAAUGCUUUCUACCGCAACGAUGGUAUCGGAUUUGAAGUGAUGACGUUGAUUGAUAAGCUGAGGAUCCUAAAGUUGUCGAAAAACUUAGACCCGGACACAAUCAGCGAUAUGGACCAUCUGGACCAAUCCACACUCAGAGGAAGUACUGAAGACUAUAAUGAUAUCAUGUUUGACGGUGUCACCGAUGCCAAUUGAGAUAUAUAAGUCACGAGUACUUUUUAAUCAACAUUUUUAAAAUACGUAUCUUGUGCGGUUCAAAUGAAAAAAAUACGCUGAUUUAUUUUUUAUUUCGUCCAUUAAUAUUUAUGUAUUUCAUGUAACAACCGAAUAGAUGGUCUAUAAACCUUAAAGCUCUUAUAAGCUAGUACUAUGUAGAUAAGUUGCAUUAUUAUUUCAGUAAUAAGAAAAACAUACAUUUUCAUAAUACAUACAACAA